AUGGAUGAAGAAUAUGAUGUCAUUAUACUUGGUACUGGCUUGACCGAAUGUAUUCUCUCUGGUAUAUUAUCAGUUGAAGGAAAAAAAGUCCUUCAUAUGGAUAGAAAUGAUUAUUAUGGAGGUGAAAGCGCUAGUUUAAAUUUGAAACAAUUGUAUCGUAAGUUCCGUCCUAAUGAAGAACCACCAACAACAUUAGGAAAAGAUCGUGAUUACAAUAUUGAUCUCAUUCCUAAAUUUAUGAUGGCCAAUGGUGAACUUGUCAAGAUUCUUACUCACACCGAUGUCACUCGUUAUCUGGAAUUCAAGCAAAUUGCCGGCUCAUAUGUAUAUCGUGACGGGCAAAUUUCCAAAGUACCUGCAAACGAAAGUGAAGCUAUACGUAGUCCAUUAAUGGGUAUAUUUGAAAAAAGGAGAGCAAAAAAAUUCUUUGAAUUUAUGCAAAAUUGGCGUGAUGAUGAUCCAAACACUCAUCAAGGUAUUAAUCUUGAUACUGCGUUAAUGUCUGAUGUUUAUAAACAAUUUGGGCUUGAACCCGGUACUCAAGAUUUCAUCGGACAUGCUAUGGCUUUAUAUCUUGAUGAUUCAUACCUUCAGCGUACUGCACGAGAAACUUAUGAAAGAAUCAUUCUUUACUUUACUUCGGUUUCUCGUUAUGGAAAGAGUCCUUAUAUCUAUCCACUUUAUGGUUUAGGUGAAUUACCUCAAGGUUUUGCACGUGCUAUUUAUGGUGGUACAUAUAUGUUGGACAAACCUGUUGAUGAGAUUGUUUAUGAUGGAGAUGGUCGUGUUGUCGGUGUUAGUUCUGGUGGUGAGGUUGCUAAGACAAAGCAAGUAAUUGGUGAUCCAUCUUACUUCCCGGCUAAAGUUAGAAAGGUCGGCAAAGUAGUUCGUGCAAUUUGUCUGCUUAAAGAUUUUAUACCAAAUACUGAAAAGUCAGACUCGGUUCAAUUGAUUAUUCCUCAAAAUCAAGUUCAAAGAAAACACGACAUUUAUAUCGCCAGUGUAUCUUCAACUCAUAAUGUUUGUGCUCCUGAUUAUCAACUCGCUAUUGUUUCUACCAUUGUAGAAACCGAUAGACCAGAAAAUGAGAUCAAACCCGGACUUGACUUACUUGGUCCAAUUGUCGAAAAAUUUAUAAGUGUCUCGGAUCUUGAAGAGCCAAUCGAUGAUGGUACCAACGAUAAAGUGUUCGUUUCUCGCUCUUAUGAUGCCACAUCUCAUUUUGCUACAGUUUGUGCUGAUGUCAAAAACAUUUACCGUCGUGUGACUGGCAAAGAUCUCGAAUUAAAACAACGACCAACUCAAGAUGAAGAACAAAGAGGAAUGUCCGAAUCUUAA